AUGACCUAUAUUAAAAAAAGCUCAGUUAAUGAUCCCAAGCAGCGAAGACGAUGGAGUAAGAAGGAUGAUGAACUACUUCGUUUUUAUUACAAAAAAUAUAAUGGAAGUUGGUCGAAAAUUGCACGACAUUUUCCAGGAAGAGAUAAUAGAGCCUGUUAUGACCGAUGGCAUAAUCAUGCGAAGCCGAAUAUUAACAAAAAGCCUCUUGAGAAGUGGGAAAAAGAAAAAUUGAAAGAAAAUCAUAAACGUUACGGUAACAAAUGGACUCUUGUUGCUGAAGGUUUAGAGGGCAGGACCCCUUUACAAGCCAAAAAUUUUUUUAACGCGGGAAAAAAAACAUCUUCAAUGAAAUCGGGCAAGAGAAAUUCAGUCAGGUCCCCUUUACAAGCCAAAAAUAUUUUCAACGCGGAAGAAAGAAAAUCUUCGGCGAGGAUCAAGAAGCAAAUGGCACUUGCUCGAAUAAUGAAUUAA